AUGCUUUUUUGUUUUUCCAAUCUUUCUCUCUUUUUGUUCUCUUUAUCAAAACCCCAAGCAACCACAACAUUCCACCCUCCCUCUCCUCAUUGGCUCUCAACAUUCUCUCUCAGUUUUUCUCUCCCAGUUUCUCCCUUAGGAUCUUCUUCCUCCUUUACUAAGGGUUUGAUUGAGGAAUUGUUGUGCAGUUUCUUGAGGAAGCUCUAG